UUGCUGCCACGUCGUCUGGAGCAGAAUAAACCUGUCCAGCAAGGAAGGCAGUAGAGGAAGACGAGACGAGGGAGUGUCGCUCGCUUCCCCGCCGCUCCGCGACGUGACGUCACACUUCUCUGCGCUUCUGGACUCUGCUGAAGAAGAUGGCGGCCUCCUCAGGAGUUAAGGUCCCUCGCAAUUUCCGCUUGUUGGAGGAGCUGGAAGAGGGGCAGAAAGGCGAGGGCGAUGGCACGGUGAGCUGGGGCUUGGAGGAUGACGAGGACAUGACUCUCACACAGUGGACCGGCAUGAUCAUCGGGCCAGCCAGAACCAAUUACGAGAACAGAAUAUACAGCCUGAAAGUGGAAUGUGGACCCAGGUACCCAGAAACAGCCCCGACUGUUAAAUUUGUAACAAAAAUCACCAUGAAUGGGAUAAAUAAUUCCAAUGGAACGGUGGACUCACGGAGCAUACCAAUAUUAGCAAAAUGGCAGAAUUCUUAUAGCAUUAAAAUUGUCCUUCAAGAGUUAAGGCGUCUAAUGAUGUCCAAAGAAAAUAUGAAGCUUCCGCAGCCACCAGAAGGACAAACCUACAGCUAAUCACCAUGGAUUGUUUUGACUCUCUGUCUUAAAAAGCCUAUGUAGAAAUAUCAUGCCAACAAAAAGAAACAAGAAAACAAAAGAAAGAAAUAUUGCGCAUCAACCGUAUCGUCCAUGCAAGAGCAGGAUUGGACACUCUUAUAAAGGCUAGGCUCUUUCAAAACAAACAACAAAAAAAUCUCCCUACACUUGAGCAGAAAAGAUGCUAAGAAGAGCAGUUAAUGAAGUGACUAUUAUGUUAAAGCUGUACCAGCAAGAGUGCUGCUUACUUUGUUCUCAAUGACAGAAAACUGAUGGUAUUGUAUGUACACCGGAGCCUGACGAAGACACUUCCUCCCCUCCCGUUUUUCACAUUCAACAUGCCGAUGGCUCCAAACAACUGUGACUGUAGUCUCCAAGUAGUGUCACGAGGCGAAAAACAUUUUUUUUCUUUAAUGAAUAUAUAAAUAUAUAUUAUGUAUUUGACACAAUACCAAUGUUUCUGUUCUCGGGCUCUUUCUUUCUCUCAGACAUGUAACAGAUGUUGAAGCCCGUUCUGUUCCAGAAAUAAACAAACGUGCAUUUAACUUCUAGUGAAAAUGGCAGGUGUAUAAAGUUGUGAUUUUACUCCAAUUAAAAAUCACUGCGAAAACCUAA